AUGGAGAAAACAUUGUCCAUGCAACAAAAAAUGACUUGGGAUAAUGUAGAGUAUACCAUGAAUAAAAAGUUGGAUGAUAUCAAUCAUAGACUGUCAUCUUUGGAGAAUGCUCGAGCAAGGAUCCCUUCUGGAGUAGCUGCUGUUGUUCGGGAAAAACUAGCCGCUGUUGAAUCUUCACAUCACCGCGAUUUGAACCCUUCGAUGAGGUCGGUCGCAUACCAUAGCAACCGUUCGGAUUACUUGUUCAAUGAUGGAACUCAUCAUUGGAGCAGUGGGUUGGAUGACGAUCUCUCCACCAUUAAGAUUACCUUGCCCACUUUUGGAGGAUUAGGCUGGGCGGAGGAGUUCCUUGAUUGGGAGAAGGAGAGACGUUAUAGAGAGCGACAUCAAAGAAAUCCAAUUGAUACUUGGACGCGACUGAAGGAGAUCAUGAGGAGACGCUUUGUGCCGGAUAGUUAUGAGCGGGAUAUGAAUAUUAAGAUGCAAUCCUUGGCUCGAUUUAUUAAGGGUUUGAGGCGUGAGAUAGCCGAUACGGUUGAGCUGCACCAUUUUCGUUCUCUUCGGGAAGCUGUGGAUUUGGCAAUCAAACGGGAUGAGCAGCUCAAGAGACCAACAUCAACCGGGCAUUAUUAUCAAAGGAAGUUUCCAACCAUUUCUGUAACUUCGUUCAUCUCUUCCACCGGUUCUAAGGGAGUAGUUUCCACAAAGCCUUUUGAUAAAAAUGUGGAUAAAGACAAGGCAAAAAUAGUAGACAAAAAGGAUGAUGCUGCUGUAAGGUUCAAGGGAAAAGAGUUGGGGCAUAGGAAAAAGAAGAUUAGAAUGGCGAAUGGGGUUAAUAUAGAUGAUGGCGAUGGUGAUGGAGAUGGUGAUGACGUAGUAGUUAUUGAAGAUAAUGAUGAUGUUGUUAAGGAAGUUUGUGAUGAAGAUCCUUUAAGUUUAGUGGUGAUGCGAGCCUUGACAUCUCUACCACGUGAAGAUGCAAACCGUAGGGAAGACGAACAACGAGAAAAUUUGUUCCAUUGUCAUUGCAAGGUAGCAGGGCGUACCAUAUCCAUGAUAGUUGAUUCGGGCAACUGCACUAAUAUUGUUAGUUCGUAUAUGGUAGAGAAGUUGUGUUUAUCUACUACCACGCAUCCGAAGCCAUAUAGUUUACAUUGGAUGAGUGACAAAGGGGUUGUUCAUGUGGAUAAGCAAGCAAGAGUGACGUUUUCCAUUGGUGGAUUCAGCGAUGAUUUGUUUUGUGACUCUCCCCCUUUUGCAGAGUUGCUUAAGGAGUUUGACGAUGUCUUUCCGGAUGAUAUACCGCCUGGAUUACCACCAUUGCCAACUUAUAGGUGUAACCCGAAAGAAAGUGAAGAAAUUCGGAGACAAGUCCAAGGGCUUCUUGAUAAGGGAUGGGUUCGAGAGUCUUUAUCUCCUUGUGCUGUCCAUAUUCUUCUUGUUCCUAAAAAGGAUAACUCAUGGAGUGAAGAUGGUCUUAAGGUUGAUGAAGCUAAGGUUGCGGCGAUUCAAGAAUGGGAAAAAUGCACUAGUGUGGCUGAAGUUCGGAGAUUUCUUGGAAUGUGCGGAUUCUUUAGGCGUUUUGUCCCACAUUUUAGUAUGAUAGCAGCCCCAAUAACCUCCCUUUUGAAGAAGAAUGUUCCGUUUAAGUGGGAGGCAAGUCAUAUGGCUGCUUUUAAGAAGCUUUGGGACAGCUUGAUACAUGCUCCAGUUUUAGCAUUACCAAACUUUGAGCGGGCUUUUGAAGUACAGUGUGAUGCUAGUGGAGUUGGCAUAGGUGUCGUGUUGUUGCAAGAAGGACGCCCAAUUGCAUACUAUAGUGAGAAGUUCCACGGGGCAGCUCUUAACUAUUCGACAUACGACAAAGAACUAUAUGCGGUUGUGCAAGCCUUGAGAGUUUGGCAACAUUACUUGCUGCCAAAGGAGUUUGUAAUUCACACGGAUUAUGAGACCCUUAAGCAUUUGCGCAGGCAGCAACAACUCAGUAAGCGUCAUGCGCCGUGGGAGAACGUAGUUGCUGAUGCACUCUCUCGGAGCAUUAGAGAUGUUUUGAUUGAGGAGAGUCAUGGUAGUCAUAUCCUUGGACAUUUUGGAAGACAUGCUACUUUUGAUGUUCUUAGUGUUCAUUUUUAUUGGCCGCAUAUGCGUAAACAUGUUGAUUCUUUUGUGGAUAAGUGUCUUGCUUGUAGAGUGGCAAAGAGUACUUUGAAGCCACAUGGUUUUCCAAAAUGGCGCACUUUAGACAACGGAUGCGAGUCAUGUGGCGAAGUUGUUCUUCCGAACGAUUGUGAGAUUGCAUGGGUUCCAAAAACCAUUGUUUCGGAUCGGGAUGUGAAACAUGUUAGCUCUACUACUCAUUUGUCUCCAUUUGAGUUUGUUUAUGGUUUUAACCCCUUAACUCCUACGGAUUUACUGCCACUACCUAGUAGUGAGCAUUUGAAUUUUAGUAGCAGGGAUCGUGCUACAUCAAUUAAGGAGCUGUAUGCCAAAGUACGGGAGAAUAUUGGCAAGACGGCCGCAACAUAUGCCCGAUAUGCUAAUCGAGGGAGGAAGCAUGUGAUAUUUGAACCCGGCGAUUAG